AUGAUGCCACCCUCUACUCCUAAAUCUCCUCUUCUUAGCUCUUCACUUGAAGAAGAUCAAAGAUUGAAAUGCUAUAGGGGUGUCCGGAAGAGGUCCUGGGGCAAGUGGGUGUCUGAGAUCAGAGUUCCAAGGACUGGAAGACGAAUAUGGCUAGGCUCAUAUGAUGCUCCAGAGAAGGCAGCUCGAGCCUAUGACUCUGCUUUGUUUUGCAUUAAGGGUGAGAAAGGAGUUUUCAACUUUCCAAAUGAUAAAAAGCCUCAACUUCCUGAAGGUUCUGUCCGGCCUCUGUCCAAGCAUGACAUACAGACAAUAGCAACAGACUAUGCUUUAUCAGUUGCGUCUGCCCCUUCUUCGCCGACCACCACGGUCCCGGCAACAUAUCAGGUUCCAUCUCAUGUUCCUGCUUCCUCUGAUGCGUCUUCUGCCAAUGAACAUUAUCUCCCAGUGGACGCAACUGCAGAAUCAAUAUAUUCAGUAGAAGACUUACAGCUGGACAAUUUCCUCAUAAUGGACUGGAUAAACAAUCUAGACUAAUGCUUGCAGUCAUUUUUAGUGCUAAAUAUGGUUUAACAACUAGUUACAUGUGUUCCUUUAGAUGCUUAUUUGUGAGGGUAUACUUGUAUCAUUGUAUUUGUUGAACUUGCUUUGUUUAGCAUGCAGUUUGUUGUUCUUGUUU